CUUUCUGAUUAGCUGGCCGAUUCAAGUGGGUGUGAUUUUUUUUCUUUUUUUUUUUUUUCAAGUAUGCAAAGACAAGUUUCUGCCGCUGGCGGACGGUGCAGAUUGAGCUCCAAGCAGUCUGAGGUCAGUUUAGACUGAUUUUGGAGUAGGAUGAACGASUCGGUUAACCCGUUGAGCUACGAGCUCCUGGCGGAGGUGGGAGAGGGCUCCUUCGGUAAGGUGUACAAAGCCCGAGAGGUCGGGGGGACGCAGCGUCUCCUGGGGGUGAAGAAGCUCAACUGCCGCUGGGCCUCGACGGAGACCGGGAUUCCCCCCUUCAUGAUCCGGGAGGCGGCUCUGCUUCGCAAAAUGGCCUUCUUCAACCACCCGAACGUGGUGAAACUUUUAGAUGUGUCCGUUGUGUCGGUGAACUCCACCCUGGACCUCACGCUGGUGCUGGAGUACAUUGACCAGGACCUGUCCACCUACAUCUCUAAGGUUCCAGCCUGUGGUCUGAGCCGUCCUGUCAUAAAGGAUGUGAUGCGUCAGCUGCUGCGCGGACUGGACUUCUUACACACGAACCUGGUGCUGCACCGUGACUUGAAGCCGGAGAACAUCCUGGUCAGCAGCUGUGGAGAYGUGAAGAUCGCAGACUUUGGACUGGCUCGUCUCCACAGCUUCAACAUCUCUCUGACACCAGGCGUGGUGACUCUGUGGUAUCGAGCGCCUGAAGUUCUGCUAAACUCCGUUUACAUGUUCUCUGUGGACAUGUGGAGCGCCGGCUGCAUCUUUGCGGAGCUUUUCCUCUUGAGACCGUUGUUUAAGGGGUGCACUGAAGUGCAGCAGCUGCAAAAAAUCUUUGAGGUGAUCGGUUUGCCCAGCGAGGAGGACUGGCCUCAGGACAGCCCCAUCUCGUACUCAGAGAGCUGGGGACCAAGAGGAUCCUGCGCCCAGCUGCUCCCUAACCUGGACCCGGACGAGGCCGACCUGCUGUCUGGGUGUUUGGUGUUCAGCCCGAGCGCUCGCAUCUCCGCGGCCAAAGCUCUGACUCAUCCUUACUUUGUGAAGAACUGAAGAGUUCUGUUCCACUCAAGGAGCCGAAGGAG